AUGAGUAGAGUCAAGUUGAAGGCUGCAGUGGAAGGGAGCUUUGGCUGUGGUCUACUCAGCGCUGGUGGCUGCGGAAGAGCCUCCGAGCCUAGUUGCCGUCAGGGAGCUUCGAUAGCGGCAGUGGCCAAGAGGAGCGGGAAUGGCAUCGAGAGAGACGGGCGAGAUGCAAUCCUUAACUGCAAGGCAGGCAUUUCUCGUAAUUUCCGUUACUAUAGGCAGGAAGAUGCACAUGAGCUAAUGGUUAGCUUGCUUGAGUCAAUGCACAAAUGCUGCUUACCAUCUGGUAUAGCAAGUGAGUCACCAAGCCCUUAUGAGAAGAGUCUAGUUCACAGAAUAUUUGGCGGCCGCUUAAAAAGUCAGGUGAGAUGUACAAGGUGCUCCCACUGUUCAAACACAUUUGAUCCUUUCCUGGAUCUCAGUGUCGAAAUUGGCAAUGCCGCCACAUUGAUGAAAGCACUUUACAAUUUUACCGAGGAGGAGCUAUUAGAUGGUGGGGAAAAGCACUACAACUGCCAGCAGAGCAAGGAGAAAGUUGUGGCAAAGAAAAGGUUCCUUAUUGAUAAGGCUCCUUUCGUGUUGGCAAUUCAUUUGAAACGCUUUAGUCCUUUCAACCCUCUUCAAAAGAUUGACAAAAAGGUUGAUUUUCGAACAACUUUGAACUUGAAGCCAUCUGUCAGCAAUUCAGAAGGUAUGGAUUUGAAAUAUAAUCUCUAUGGUGUUUUGGUUCAUGCUGGUCGGAAUACACAAUCAGUGGAGAAAACAUUGGAUUUCUCCCUAAUUACCAAAGUAGAUACAAAGUUGCAGAUGCAGAACCCAGACAAGGGUCAGCCCAGUCAUAUUAGUGCAGUUUCUCAAGAUCAGUGUUCAAAUGAACAUAGCAACAUUGAAGAUGUUAAAGCUUCAACGUCUCAAAACAAUGCACCUGUACAGAAAGUCCCAUGCACACUCCCAGAUGGUGCUGAUGCCUUGUCCACCAAAGAAGAGCAAGUAACACAGUGUGUUCAGAGGGAGAUAAUUUCUCCAGGACAGCCUGAGGUUUGUAUUCCUGAUAUGAAGACACAGAAGCUGAAUCCAGAUAAUGAUCAGCCCAGCAAUAUUAACACCACCAUCUCACAGGACCAGUGUUCAAAUGAACAUGGAAGCACUGAGGUUACUAAAGAUUUAACAUCCCAAAACAACGAGCUAGUACAGAAAGCCAGAUGCACAGAUCCAGAUGGUACUGCUACAUUGUACUCCAAACCAGAGCAAAUAACACCAGCUAAUCAAAUGGAGAGAACAUCUAUAGGACAGCCUGAUGCUUGUAUUCUCUGUGAUGCAAGCUCUGAUCAGAAAGCAUAUGAGAAGCCAUUGCAGGACGUGCCACUAGAAUCUGAUGGUGCACUCGUUAAUUCAGGCAAAGACAUCCUUAAUUCUGCUUUGCGCUUAUGCAGUGGUGUUGAUGGAUUAUUGGGGGCAAACGAGCAGGCUAAUGAACCUCGAACAUAUGCAUUUUGCAAACCCACUCCUGAUAGUGAUGCAACAACUAUUGCACAAGCCAUCCCAACUGAGGUUACUGAUGUUUCUAAUGGAACAAUGUCCGGCAACAAAGAUUCAACUAGUAAUGAUGAAGCUAAAGGACUAGUUGUGAAGGAGCUUUCUGUGAAAAACAUUGAUGAUAAAGUAAAAGCAGAGGAGCAGACUACUAUGGGGAACAAUACACUGGGGGAUGGGCUGGCUAUGGUGAACGAAGUCUCUGUUAUGGAAAUGGACCACACAACAGAUGCAGUUGGCCAGAAUAACUCACUGGACACUGGACAUGUUAACCUUGAGAAGAAAAUCUGUUCUGAAGACGCUACACAUGUGGCCAGCUCCGAAGAUUGUGUGCAGGUGAUGUGCUCUGAAAACUCUGUGCAUGUGGUAGGCAAGAAUCCAUGUCAUGGCAGUCUGCAUAAAAAUAUGAAAAUCAAGUCAAAGAAGCAUGUGAAACAUCCAGUUGUCAACUUGUGUUUUGGGUCCAAACAACUGUUGUUGGCGUCCCUGAAACCGCGUAAGAAAAGGAAACACAAAUCUUCUGCGGUUACUGAAGGUAUUGCUGAUGAUCAGCAGACAUCAACAUCAGAAACUGUUCUUACUAGUGGUAUAUCGCAUAAAUCCCAUAGACGGAAACACUGUCGUAAUAGUGCAAGCUCUGAAGAUUCUGUUCAGAUCUAUGGCAAGAAACAAAACCUUGGACACUCCUGUGCUGUUGAACUUACCGUGGACAAGAAGGGCAGCGAGGAUGCAACACUUGCUGGUGCUGAGCUAGCAAGCUUAUGCCCCAGAUCUAUGUCAAAUCCUGAUUCAGGAAAAUGUGGGGGUAGAGAUGAGAAAGGCUCCUGGCAUUUUAAUCUCCUCACAAGGGGUUUAAGAGUUCUACGGUGGGAUGAUGAUGACAUGGCAACAGAGCUGCAAUGUUCCAAUUCCACCAGCAUUGGUUAUGUUUUAGAUAAAUGGGAUGAGGAGUAUGACAGCGGAAAGAGGAAGAAGGUGAGGAAAUCCAUGCGAGGCUUCAGUGGGCCGAACCCUUUCCAAGAGGUGGAAAACAUCAGAUCCCGGCAGCAGAGAAGAUUACAAGCUGACCAGGCCAGGUCUGGACACCAGCCUCUCAGGAUAUGA